CGUGAACACCUCAGCGCAAUGCGCUUAUCCGCCGAAGCCGUACAGGGUGCGGCCCUGACGCUUGAGGGCGUACACGACGUCCAUGGCCGUCACGGUUUUUCGGCGAGCGUGCUCCGUGUAGGUGACCGAGUCGCGGAUGACGUUCUCGAGGAACACCUUGAGGACACCGCGGGUCUCCUCGUAGAUUAGGCCGGAGAUACGCUUCACACCGCCACGGCGUGCGAGACGGCGGAUGGCGGGCUUGGUGAUGCCCUGGAUGUUGUCGCGAAGGACCUUGCGGUGACGCUUAGCGCCGCCCUUGCCGAGUCCCUUGCCGCCCUUGCCACGUCCAGACAUGUUGCUUGAGUUGGUUGGUUGUUGCUUGCUUCUUGCUUGUCAGAUUGCAGAAUGAGCUUCCUGGAGGGAGGGAGACACCGCGCCCUCCAGUUCAAUUCAAAUCCAUCGGGUGGUGUCCUCCUCGCCUGUUUUCCCGCCCUCUUUUGCGCGCGCAGCCUCGUGACACAUUGGGGCGACCGGCCUGCAGUCUCCUCUGUCCCCGCGGGAACUCCUCUGAUUGGCUGCCUUAGCCUCGUCUUCGUUUCUUCUCUCUGAUUGGCGGAACGCCACCAUUCGCCUCUCCCACUGGUCAAAAAUGCGUUACUAACCUCUGCGAUUGGCGGAGCGCCCCGAUGCAGGAGGGGACUUUGCAGCCAAAUUUGGCGCGGCAGCGCCUGGUCUCCCCCCCCAACGUUUGAACGGCCCCGCCCUUCAAGUCAUUCCCCAAUUUGCUCAGCUCUCAACACUCGACCGCCCAGCAACCGAAGCAACCAUGGCCCGUACCAAGCAGACCGCCCGCAAGUCCACCGGUGGCAAGGCCCCGCGCAAGCAGCUCGCCACCAAGGCUGCCCGCAAGUCGGCCCCCGCCACGGGCGGCGUCAAGAAACCGCACCGUUACCGCCCCGGUACGGUCGCUCUGCGUGAGAUCCGUCGCUACCAGAAGUCGACGGAGCUGCUCAUCCGCAAGCUGCCGUUCCAGCGCCUGGUGCGCGAGAUCGCCCAGGACUUCAAGACGGACCUGCGCUUCCAGGGAUCGGCCGUGCUCGCCCUGCAGGAGGCCGCCGAGGCCUACCUCGUGGGUCUGUUCGAGGACACCAACCUGUGCGCUAUCCACGCCAAGCGUGUCACCAUCAUGCCCAAGGACAUCCAGCUGGCCCGCCGCAUCCGUGGCGAGCGCUCGUAAGUUGUCUACCGUCCUCGGUCAGUGGUAACUGCUCGUUAAGAGCACAUUCACGCAACCGGUGAGCUCAUCCUCUCUGCGUCGGCUCGCUUGAGCUGACCUACUUUCAUCCUGGUGUUUUUAAACACCACCCUUUACGAAAGAAACCAAACGAGUAAUUGCAGUUUAUACGAGCAUCAGUAGUGGAGUACAUUAGUGCAGCGCGCGAGGAACAGCAUAUUGCUGGCGGUGAUGAAGGGCUUGAGAGAAUUUUCGAACUCAAAUUCAGCGUUCGGAAAGUCACGAUAGAUGCAAGCAGAUACGUGUUGCAUGUAGAGUUAAUUCUCGUAUACUGUGUUGAUGCUUUUACGCCCGCAGCCGUUGAGAAGAAUCGAACUUCACUCCGCAGGCAACACACCUACAGGAGACAUCAACGUUAGCCCUUUUGCGUGGUUCUACCAGCGGGAGCUCACGCUAUGAGUACUUACGGAAAGUCGUCUUCGGUAGCGACAGCAGUCUGUAAGCAGUAGUAGCAGUACACAUGCUUGCACGACGUGAUGUACGGCGUCUGUGGCGGCGAAAUGCCACAGAGGCAGCACGCCGUGGAGCACGUGUCAGCAGAAGGCAACCCCCCCUGCAACGCCGAGGUCGUGCGCAGGGUGCUCCACGUCAAGAAAGGCAAAACAAAGUUGCCAAACUCCUGCAAUCAAAUCAAGUGUCAGCCUUGUACGUGUAGUCAGCCAUACCAUUGAUGAAGUCGCACCAUCAAUCCGUCCCAAAGCAACUGACGGGUCAUGUACUCAAAGUUGAUCGAACGGGGCGCUGUCGACGGCGAAAUACUCUCCUGCAAUGUGCAAACAAUAUAACCAUGUAAGCAGUCAUUCAACCUUUAGCAAUGCACACAGUUCAAGGUUGAAGCGUACCAUUUUCAUGCCCAAGCAUCUCUCAGGCAGCGAUCGAUACGUCCCCUUGCGCAGAAAGACGAGCAGGUUUACAAACUGGCACGUGAUCACAAGCGUCUCCAGCUUCUUCAUCACAGUCAGAACCCGCUCCCGAGAGCUUCCGCGCUCAUCCGACGUGCCACCAGCUCCUCUGGCCGUCCACCGGGCGGACGAGAGGUAUCGAGACAAGCGCUUCCACACGUACGGCACCCCAACCGACAGCAAGAAGAAGGCGCCCACACGUCGUCGCGUCAGCAGGUGCGGUGCGUACCGCACGUUCUCCAGCUUCAUGCCUGGCGUUGGCUGCAGCACAAGAACAGUUAGAUCACUCAUGGAAUUAUUCACGAGAGAAUAAAAUACCAGCGCCUCGCACCCUUCCCAAGCCCGUCGUGAAGGCGAACAACAGCGCCCCAAGAGCCGCAUCGAUCUCCGGCUUGAUGCGGUCCACGACGCCUGGCUCAAACAUGCUGAACAUGCUCUUCAUGGGCGUCUUGAGCAGACCGAGGAUCUCCGAGUCCAGGAUGAGCGCGUCCAACUUGUUCACGCGGAGGUUGCUCGACGGGCCACGCAGCGACUGGUACGGCACGCGCAGAUUGGGGUCAUCACCGUCCUUGGGGGCUGU